AUGAAAGGAAUCAGUGCUGCAGUGCUCAGCGCCGUGUUCUGCUCGGUUGUGUCAUCGUCUGUGACAGUCAAAGAGGAACGCAGGACAGCGUUCUUUGGGGAGGACAUUCACAUGGAGGUCCCGCCGGGAGACGCUGGAGAGGUCGUGUUCAAACCCAGGACCAAUCAGUCCUAUGAGGUGGUUCUGAUGCGGAGCGGAAAGCUGGCGAACCCACGGGGCCGCCUCAACCUCCUGGGCCACCUGCUGCUGGAGGACGUGCAGGAGGAGGACGAGGGCGUGUACCUCAUCAGGAACGUCAUCAAGAACAACACAGUCAAGCAGCUCAUCCUCACGGUCCGGGACUGUGCCUUGGAGCAAGGGAUAAAGUACGGAGAGACCUUCUCCAUCCACCUGAACCACGUCCAAGGCCCUAUCACGCUGGAGUUCAGGCCCAGUCUGAUUCAGGCCAAUCAAACCGAGACACAGCAAACCACAGAGCCUCCGCCCGUGGUGCUGUUCAACCAGACGGCGGUGUCAGCCGAGGAAUACGUGGGCCGCCUCAGUGUGUCAGAGAAACAAGUGACGCUGCACUCGGUCCGGAUGAUGGACGAGGGGAGCUUCACAGUACUGGACCAUGAGGGCAAGAUCAGGAGGAGGAACUGUCUUAAUGUCAGAGAGCACCAGGACUUCAAGCACCUUUCCUACGGAGAAAACCUGAAGAUGAAACUCUACCUGCACCACUCCAACGUUAACAUCGUCUACAAGCCCAAAUCAGACAAUAAGGACCGAGUCAUCCUGGACCAGGGGGUUCUGAUGAUGCCUCUCGACCCUCUGCUGGAGGGCCGGCUGACAGUGAAGGGGUCGGAGCUCUUUGUGAAGAAGGUCCACAUGGCCGACACGGGUGUCUUCAAAGUGACAGACCUCGCCGGGUUUUCUGUGGCUAACGUCUACUUACAAGUAGAGGCCUACAAGCUGCCGCCCCUGACUGUGGCCAUUCUCUCCAUGCUGGGUCUGAUCGCCUUCAUGCUGCUGGUGUGCACGCUGUCCUGCCUCUACAAAGUGCACCAGAGGAACCAGAAGAACAAAAAGCUCUUGCUAAUUGCUCAGCAGCCUGGCAAGGGCGACGGCGAGGCUUUCAGACAGGUGGUCAAUGAGGUGUACACCAGGUUCACUGAGGAAUCUCUGAUGCAGUCCGUGUGUGAAAAGCCCUCGGAGAGCACAGAGGUCACCAUCAAGGGCCUUGAGGUGUCCAAACCAGGCCGCUACCACGCUCUUUCCUCAGACAACUUUCUGGAGAUGAGCGACUCUGGAGUGGAGUUCACCAUCCCCUGUCUCCCACUAGACAGCGACACUGAUGGAGCCAUGACCUACGCCUCCCACAAACCCCUCCUGAGCGCCAUCUCUCCGACAGCCAUGACCAGUGGAGUUCAGUGCGACAGCCCGGAGGUCACUGCCGUCCCUGAUGGCGACCUCAGUGCCAGCCGGACCCCUGACUCGGCCAUGAGCGCAAGCCCUGCGUCCAAUCCUCGCUCAGUUGCAGCCGCGACCCCUGACGGCAGCCUGUGUGGUGCUGCAUCGCCGGGAACAGCCUCCAGGGGCACUGCUGGGUCAGAUUCAGCCAAGACAGAGGAAGCGGCUGAAAGCGGAGAAGUUGGGCAGAAAGAGGAAUCAGCUCAGAGCACCUGAGAGCAUCGACCACAAUGUUUUUUAAUCUCUUCAUCAAAUCUCCUCAUACAGUAAUGACAUCCACUUCUGGCUCUAUCAUAUAACCACCACCAAGCCCGUGCACUGAAAACAUCUCAGACAAAAUAUAUUCAUCACUUAGAUCUGGAUCUCAGUGCAGCCCAGGAUAAAAAGAAUUAAAAGACAGUUGCUAAAAAAAAAUGAAAUGCACUAUGCACUGAACAAUUUGAUGCAAAGGGUAAACCUACUGUAAGCUCUAUCAAAAGAAGAACAAAGCAAUUUUGUGCACAUUGAAAAUGCAUGCAUUUAAAUUAAACAUUAGAGUAGAUACCAUAGUUAAGAUCUGCAGGACAAUGCUGAUGUUAGAGUAGAGUGACUGCAUGCAAACCUGAAAGGACUAAAGAAGCACAGGCUCCAAAAGAGGUUUAUGUGAAGAGGGUGAAACACUCAGCACUUUGAGGAAAACACUUAAUUUUGGAUUUGGAUCAAAUGAUCUCGGCUCGAUGUCGAAAAGGUGGCCAGAAAGAAAUUCCAGGAGUUUGUCAGUUUGACAGG